CCAAAGUCUCCCUUCAAAAAUGGCUACCACUCUCCUGGCACUUUUGAUCUCAUCAUUGCUGCUUCUCCCAUUAGCCUUAGCCGCAUACGAAACCGUCCCGCAAGAGAAGAAAACCGAGGUAGUCGUCGAAGGGAUGGUGUACUGCCAAAGCUGCGACGCCUACGGGUCAUGGUCAUUGUCGAAAGCCGAGCCCAUCGCGUCAGCUAAAGUUAGCGUCGUCUGCAAGAACCAAAGGGGCCAAGUCAGCUUCUACAGGGCGUUUGAAACGGACGCCAAGGGUUACUUCUUCGCCGACCUCGAAGGGUUUGAAAUGAGUCACUCUCUCCUGGACCACCCUCUCCAAUCAUGCGUAGUCAAGCUCGUCGGAUCGCCCCUCGAGAGCUGCAACGUGAUGUCGAACGUCAACUAUGGACUCUAUGGCUCGCCGCUGCGGUACGAGAGCAAGAGGCUGUAUAGGAAGGAUUAUGAUGUUGUGAUCUAUGCUGCCGGGCCAUUGGCUUUCCGAUCGGCUCAUUGCCCUGCCCCAACACACUAUUGAUUUGU